UCCUGCUGCUGUAUUCCAGCCCACUCCUGGUGACCGACAGAUCCUCCGACCCCGCCCUGCGCCUACGUGACGACGGGAACCUUUUCAGGUGUCAUGUCAGUUGGUUUGAAGUUCCGUAGUAUUACAGCACGCGCUCUCGGUAAUACCUCUCUGUUUUUGUCUGUCGUGACAGGCGCCAAACGGACCAAACUAAACCUUAAUUUCAACUCAGUCAAAAAAGUUUUGAAAAGUCAGUUGCGGUGCCUUAUUCGGUACAUCCGCUGACAUUGUUCGUUCUGGUCGGUGUAGAUGUCGGAGCGGGAUGUCGGCGGUUAAAGCGCUUCAGCAGUGGUGUAAGAUUCAGUGCAACGGGUACAGGGAUGUGUCUAUUACGAACAUGACCACCUCGUUCCGGGACGGGCUGGCGUUUUGCGCGCUCAUCCACAAACACCGGCCAGACCUCAUUAACUUUGAUUCUCUCAAGAAGGACGAUGUCUACGACAAUAACAAACUGGCGUUCAGUGUGGCUGAGGAGCAGCUGGGGAUCCCUGCCCUGUUGGAUGCGGAGGACAUGCUGGCCCUCAGGGUCCCCGACCGCCUCAGUGUCCUCACAUACGUCUCCCAGUACUACAACUACUUCCACGGCCGCUCUCCCAUUGGAGGUAUGGCCGGAGUGAAGCGUCCAGCAGAGGAGUCUACAGAACAGCCCUGGAAGAAGAAUCAGCCAAUAACAGCCAAGGCCUACCCUGGCUCCUCCCCCUACCAGCCUCCCCCCUCUCCCUCCCCCCUCAGACCCUCCCCCAAACAAGGCCGCUCUGCUGCACAGAAGGAGGGUGUGUCGGAGCCCAGGCUGGCUGGGACCCUCAGUAACAAGUGUGUGAGCUGUCAGAAGCACGUCCACCUGGUCCAGCGCCACCUGGUGGACGGGAGGCUGUACCACAGGAACUGUGCCAAGUGUGCAGAGUGUUCCAGUACCUUGCUGUCAGGGGCGAGCACGGCCGGGUCAGAACCAGGAUCCUUCAUCUGCUCCGCCCACCAGCGUGGGGCUCCGCCCCUCCAGGAGCGCCACGACAACACGCCCGCGGUGCCAUGGAGACGCGUCAACCCCAGACCUACAGCCGGCCUCACCCCUAACCCGGCCUCUACCCCGGCCUCUACCCCGACAUCCAAACUGGGCCCCAGCUGGCUGACACAUCGACCCGCUGCUUCUACCUCAGCCUCUACUUUGUCCUCUACCACAGCCUCUACCCCUCCCUCAGCCUCAACUCUGGCCUCUACCCCGGCCUCCAAACCAGGCCCCAGCUGGCUUACCUCCAGGAAUGAAAAACCCAGCACCCCCCCCUCAUCCCUGUCCUCACGGCCCACACCGGACCUCUCCUCCCUGGGCUCAUCCGGCCCCUCCACCCCCUCCAGCCCCUCCACCCUCUCCAGCCUCAGACCUGUGGCCCCCUCCACCCUCUCCAGCCUCAGACCUGUGGCCACGCCCCGGACCUCCAGCAGCAGCAAGACCCAGCAGGCUCGGGCUCACUUCUUCCAGAGUGACACCACGACCGGACUGGAGAACCAGAGCCAGAACCAGGCCAGGGACCAGAGCCAGGUCGUGGCCCCAGCCCGGAGCCUGACUGUGGGGGGCCAGGGGGAGGGAGCGGGGCCUGAAGUUACUUUGGGUGAGGGAGGGGCUAAGGUUGGGGGAGGGGCUAAGGUAGUGGAGGUGAUGAUGUUGCCCAGAGAAGAGAACAGCAAGAAAGAGGCAGCAGCUUUUCUCUCCAAGAAAAUAAUAACAACAUCAACCGAAGUCAACAACAGCACCAACACCAAACCAGCCUGGACGACUGCGGCUCUGAAGAAGACUGACAACAGACCUGCAGACAUGGUGACCCCUAAGAAAGAGACAGAUAAAGGGAUGAAAGGAAGAGUGAAGCUAAAAGCCGACCCCUCCAUCCUGGCCGACCUAGGAACCACCUUUGGUCCCUCCACCCCCAGCAGCCGCAGUGCAUUGUGGGGGAAGACUCCAGAUAAAGGAUCCCCCAAACCAGUCACCACUCCAGUACCAGACAGCAGCAGCUCUCCAGCAGACUGGAGGUCAAAGCUCAAACCCGUCUCCAAGGAGACCAAGACCAAGGACUCCCCCUCUCUCCUCCCAGACAGGAAGGCUGAGGCCCCCUCCAGGCCCUGGGCAGCAAAUACAGGAAACUCGCAGGCUUCAGGGCCUACCAGCCCUGGAACCCAGGGUGUCCUGAAUGGAAGGAGCUCCAGUGACCUGGAGAGCAGGCCAGCUGUGGUUAAGCCAGACUACAUCCCGAAGCAGCAGAUUCUGAGUGAGCUGGAGGAGAUCGAGACCAGCCUGAAUGACCUGGAGACACGAGGAGUGCUGCUGGAAACCCAGCUACGCCGCUCUGAAGAGGAGGGAGAGGAGGACUCUGUGAUGGAUGAGCUGAUGAUAGACUGGUUCAACCUCAUCAGGAACAAACAGGUGGCCAUGAGGAGGGAGUCUGAGCUGGUGUACAUCGCUAGGAACCAGGACCUGGAGGAGGAGCAGCCCAGUGUAGAGCAGGAGCUGAGGAGACUGAUGGACAAACCUGAACAUCUGAAGACUGAGUGGGAUCGGAGGAGAGAGGAGGAGCUUAUGGUGAAACUAGUAGAGAUCGUCAAUGACAGGAACGCCAUCAUAGAAGGCCUGGACGAUGACAGACUCAGGGAGGAAGAGGAGGAUCAACAGCUAGAUAUAAUGAUGAAGAGCCUGGAUGUAAAGAAAGACAAGACUAAAAAGAAGAAGUUGGGCUUGUUUAGCUGGGGCAAGAAGGAGAGCUAAAGCACACACACACAUCAACACACACACAUCAACACACACACACACACACACAUCAAGACACAUACACAGAUCCAAACACUCACAAAAAUGUUGCUGCUUUUUAAACAUUGUUAGCUAAUCAUGUACUGUGUGUGUCUGGUUUAUAGUUGACCUGGUGUUAUUCAAAAGCAAAAGCUCUUCGUAUGAGUUAGUUAGAAAACACACGGUUUUAAUUUACGUUUAACGAGAUUGAGACGUUAUUUUACGGUUUCUAACUCUUAAUUUUACAUGUAAAUUAUAUAAAUGAUUUUAGCGUAAUGACUACCCAAUGAUGAGUGGAUGGAUGACAGGAUGGAUGGAUGACAGGAUGGCUGGAUAACAGGAUGGAUGGAUGACAGGAUGGAUGGAUGGAUGACAGGAUGGAUGGAUGGAUGACAUUAUGUGUCUGUGUGUAAAUAUACCUGCUCGUACAGUUUUGUUUUUUUCUUCAAUAAAUUCCUACAAGGUCGAAUCGACGAUAC